UUCCAUGACUUUCCAGGUUUUCCAUGACCUGUACGAACUCCGUCGACGGUAUCCCGAAAUUGUGAAAAGGUGGACUUAUUUCCUAGUUGGUUAUCUGCUUCUAUGUUUAUUGAUUUGUUUUUUAGGAUAUGGUAAUAUUACGCCAGUGACGACAGGCGGUAGAGUGCUUUGCAUAUUCUUCGCUUUGUUUGGCAUACCCAUCAACAUUUUGUUCCUGCAGUUAAUUGGAGAAAGAAUGUUACGCGGCGAAAAAUAUCUCGUGACGAAAUUCGAAACAAAGUGUCUGAAGAGGGAAGGCGUGCCACAAUAUUUAAAUGAGAAGUGUUCUUUCCUCGGUGUUCUGUUGCUGGUGGUACUGUUGUUUGCGUGUGCUGGAAUCCACACAGCGACUGACGGCUGGACAUUUUUUGAGGGCUUUUAUGCGUUCUUCAUCACAUUUACAACUGUUGGAUUUGGUGACUUAAUUCCGGGAACCGUGGACGGAAAGAUGGAGGGAGUGAAUACCGUGAUUCAAGUCACGUUCAUCGUCCUCGGCUUGGCGUCCAUGUCGAAUGUGAUUAACGGGCUGGUGAACUGUUCCGAGGCGGGGAAAUUGUUCAGGAAAUUGACCGCGCGUUGUGGGAGAAGAGGAAGCGUAGAAGUUACAGAUGAAACGAAGGAAGGUGGAGAAAUGGAAUUAAAAUGAGAAAUCAAGUAGAUACCAAAUGGAAGGUCUAGUUGGGAGUGCUGGAGUCUCAAUUAAUAUAUAGAUUUAACCAAGCCUAAAAGCGGAGCUCCCAUAAAAGAGUAACUCGAUGCCCCAACAUUUUAUUCGUGGGUGGAGAGAGCAGGGACUACGGAGACCAUUUUAAAGUGGUAGGGCUAGACAAACAAGCAUUGGGGGUCUCUGUAGGGCUGUAGCCCUACUAGCCCCACGCCUCCACAGUCCCUGGAGAGGUAGGGUGAAAGCGAAGUGCCUCGCCCAAGAACAAAACGCAAUGACCUCGGCCUGGGCUCAAACCCCGAGUCCUGACCUUCGCGUCUUUCCUGUUAAUAUAGGUGUGGUCAAUUAAGUUCGGAUUUCAGAAGAGAAACGGUCACUACACACAAAACGUUGCUAUUUAUCGCCAUGUCUAUUUAAUGGUUACUUCUUGAUUUCUAAAGAAUGAGUUACAAACUACGCAUACAUCUUGUGCUGAAGGUUAAAACGCGACACCAUAUUAAUUUAGCCUGCGCUUUUAUGGGUGGCACGAUGAAAAAAAAAGUGAGAGGCGAAGCUGUGAGAACAGGAUUGGGUGCAGGUUACACUGAUCAUUAGAGUACAUUUUCUCGAUAUUACAUAUGAAGUUCAUAAGUCCAUAAAUCAUUGCCGGUAGCACAAAUCUUGUAGCCUGAAUCAAUACCUACUAGCUUCAGGACUUUAUCAAUCUAUCAAUUAAUCCAUAUCGACCACAUUUAUCUUUAAAAUUUUGUAGCCGGCCUAAUAAUUUACUAACCCACUCUCUAUGAAAACUAGACUAACAACAGUUCUGCAAUAGCAUAAAACAAUAAGAUAAACAAAGAAACUAAGCGGGCAUUGAUUAGCCAACAUGGUUACUAUAUUUGACAGUCAUAUUACACAAUGCUUACGAGGCGUGGCCAAAAUGGCUGUUUUUCUUGACCGACACAAAUGUUGUGCAUCCCAUAACUGUUAAGGAAAUAGGCCUAUGUAAAUACGCGCGCUGAUUG